UAUGUCGAACAAGCCGAUUGACUAAUCAAGGGUCAAACACGCCGAAGCAAAGCACUGCUGAAAAACUACUUUACCCAGAAGCUCUUUGUCAAUUUAUGGCGGAUUCUACAGAGCGUGGCUAGCUACUAUCCAAAUAAACAACAACAAAAUCUAACGUUAGUGGGUAGAAGAUGCUGCGCAGAAAGCCCACCCGUCUGGAGCUGAAGUUGGAUGACACCGAGGAGUUUGAGAGUGUCAAGAAAGAGCUUGAGAGUCGGAAGAAACAGCGAGAUGAGGUGGAUGUUGUUGGCGUGGCGAUGUCGAGUGACAUGGUGGGGGCCGGUAGUGGAACAGGGGAUGGGAAGACACGGGAACAGAUGAUCAAUGAGAGAAUAGGCUACAAGCCCCAUCCUAAACCCAACACCUUGCCAUCGCUCUUUGGAAACCUGCAAUUUUAGGUUCCUAACGGACAGAGACCGCUAAAAUGGUUGGCCCCUCCAGCAUUGGUGUGUGGUUGGCACCGUGACUGUGCUCUUGACAUGGUCAGGGGUAUUUGUUUACCUGAGAAGUGUAUCCCUACAAAACAAAUGUGUACUUUGAGGAUCAUAUUGCAUUCAUGAGUCUAAAGUAAUGUUGCUGCAUUUACCUGAAAAGUUAGGACUUGCUGAUGCAAAGGUUGCCUUUUGUUCAAUGUAAUGUUUGAGAGGGGUCGUGUACAGUGGUUUCCCUCCUUUAUUACAAACAUCCAGACUUGGUAGCAUCUGUGGAAAGAUGGAUUAACUGAAUGGACUUUAACUAAAUCAGUCAUUACUUAA